AUGGAAACAUCGAGGGAUGCGCUUCACAAGGGUCUGCUUGACGGCAUGGAGUGGCGUCGACUUUCGACUUUGGCUUCCGAGUUGGACCCUUCUCUUGAGGGCACGCUUCAGAAUUUCCUGGUCCGUCCUUUCGGGGCUGCGGCCUCAACGGCUACGGGUCUUCUGUCUAGGGCCAUUGUCUUGAAGGAUGACGGGGAGUCCACCGAACACAAAGUCUUACUCAAACUACGCCAUGCUGACUGGCUCGCUCUUGAGGACAGCACAGGUGUAUUCAAGGUGCUCCAGUCCCAGGUCCAUGUAAACCAUGAGGACUUCAUGUUGGAUUGCAGUCAUCCGCAUACCACGGUGAUUUGUACCGCUGUGCUUGAAACGGGCGCGGCUAUUAGCAUGGCUGAGAUCUUCAGUGGGGGUUUUUCAGGUUGGUCCCAGGCGGCAUAUGUCAUGCACCGCGGUGGCACGCCCAUACAUACCUCUUGGUCUUUGGACGUUGAUCCUGAAUGCGAGGCGAUGUUGCGUCUUCAGAAUCCAGGGCUGCAUUGUAUCUGGCAAACGUCGGAGUUGGAAGACAUCCUUGAUGACACACCAGCGGGAGUACAUGUUUGUACCAAUGUUCACAGUGAGUGGUGGCUGCGCAUGUUUGCCAUCCGACCAGUGCAUAUCAUUGCUGUAUCCCCACCAUGCCAGCCGUGGAGUACAGCUGGGUCCGGUGCCGGUCUCCAGUCAGAAGACGGCAUGCUCAUGCUCAGAAUCGUUGACAUCCUUGGCGCUGUCCAGGUGCCCGUAGUUGCCCUUGAGCAAGUAGGGGGAUUCUUGAAACAUCCGCAUGCUCCAACAGUACUUUCGGCCUGGAGCGAAGUCGGAUACUCUAUUGCUUGGCAGGCCACCAUAGAUCUGUUGGAUGUUUUGCCAUGUUCUAGGAGCCGCACGCUGAUUAUCUUCCGCCACAGGACAUGCCGAGGUCCACCAGCACUGUCCGGCAUCAACUGGGCGUGCACACGACGCCACAACUUGGCGACCGCGCAAGUGCUGUUUGAUCUUCCGGGCAGCCUCCUGCAGCCACUUGUUUUGUCGGAGGAGCUGAAAACCACAUACCUUGAUCCAUGGUUCAUGCCUCCAUCCAGGCUCGGCAGGGUCACGCAGAGCCGGGUAGACGCCUUCCGGAUCAAAACCGCUGCUGCCACUGCAGGUUGCUUCAUGGCUCAGUAUCAAUUUCAGCAUGAAUUGCCCCCCAGACAACUUGAGACCAAAGGGCUUCUUGGCUUUGUACUCCGCCACCAGGGUGUUUUGCGCUUUUUCUCAGGAGCCGAAAUCGCGGCGUUGCACGGAGCAGUGCGACCAAUCCUGCUUCAGGAGAAUCGCCGGUCUCAAAUGAGACUGUUAGGUAACAGCCUGGCCGUCCCGCAGGCUGCUGCAGGCCUUGCGUUUGCGUGCCAUGCGCUAGGAUGUCAGAGCUCGCCUGAACCUGCUGAGGCUGUUGCGACCUGUCUCUCAGCGCGACUCCAUAAUGCUAAUACCUUCUUCCUGCCGAAAGGGGCCGAUUGGAUCUUGUGCCGCAAGGACCAGGUCGCUGAUGUUCUUAGCUCAGGCGAGAUGAAGCCGUUGCCACCGCCCAGCCAGACAGCACCUAUUGACUUUGUGCCCCUCACCUUCCAGACCGGACACGCGGAAGUCACACUGUAUGCACCAGCAGGUGCCCAGGCCCUUCGCGUUUUCGCCCACCUAGGUGUUGCGCAUCUUGCACCAACUUUGCCUGUGACGGCGCAUGAUCGCCUCCACGCUUUAAGGUUGAGUGUCGCUGCCCUUCCUAGUCUAGAUUGUGCGGGCUUCUUUGGUGGUUGUGCCAACCGUGAAGGUUUGUGCACCGUCCUGGUCUGUGGAGGAGCAUUCAUCAUUGAUACCUGGUCCCCCCGCAUGUGGACGCAGCUCCUUAAUGUUUUCGAUUUUCUCACUUCUGAGGCAGAGGACCUUUGUUGCUGGCGCCCCACAGGGCAAAAGCUAAGGUUUGCAGAUGAUUUCGACGGCUGUGUCGUUGCCUGCACUUCGCCUGCUGAAGCCCCAGAGCUACCUCUCAGUUUGAUUGCGAAGAUCGUGCCUGACCUCCGGAUGCAGUUCCAGGCUGGUGCCGCAUGCCUAUCUUGUCCAGCUGCAUCUGCUACCGAGUGCUGGCUUGGCUUCCCAUUCCACCUUGCCUUGGCCUACGGAUGGGAUGCUCAGGUUGGUAAUUUCCCGCCCACCACAGAUGCUCCUAUGACCAUCGACUUGCAUCCAAUCCUGACGCGCUUGCACCUCCAGCCGCCCACACUGCCACGGCAAUUGCGUUCUUGGUUCCUGGUUGCUUGCCUUGAAGGGGCUGCCGUCGCACCUUCUGAUGAAGGCGCUACUCUGGUUGAAGUACAGAUCGAAGCACGGCGCAUCUGGUGGGGUCACCUGCAUGAUCUCUCCAGGGCCACCGUACUGUUGCAAUGGUGGCAGGAAGCCUCUCAGGUCUGCCAGACACCGCCAGCCGUCCGAGUCUUCUCAGGGCCGCACCCAGUUCAGGAUGACGACACCUUGCUUGCCAUCAGGUCCAGAACCCGUCAAAGAACCGUUCGCCGCGCUGGCCACUUGUUGCUUACAUUGCAGCCUUGCAUUGUUGGAGGCGGCGGCCACAACGACUUGCAAGCUUCGAUCGGAGACAUCUUCACGAAGGACAACAAGAAGAAGUGGAGGUGGCUUUCGGGGCCGGCUGCAAGGCCUUGGGGAAGGCUGAGGUGGACGAAAGGAGGCUGGCGCGUGGACAAGAUGGGGGACUCCGAGGAGGUGCUCUCCAUCUGGUUCAAUGUCUCGAAGUCCCUGGAGCCUCCUGAGAAAGGCUGGAAGUUCUGGUGCUCCAAGAAGGGCCGGUACAGGAACAGCCAAAUCUACUUCGAGGACCUUGGAGCCUUCGUUGAUGCCAUUACUAAGGCCGGUUCGACAGCUAGACUCAGCCAGGCAGUCAAAGCCACCAGUGAGGAUGCUAAAUGGAAUCAGCUCGGAUCGUAUGCCAAGGAGCUGGACGUGCCAGUGCCACAGGCUGCCAGCCUCUUUCAAAGAGCCGACCAACGAGCCAAGCGGCAACUUCAGAAACACCGGGCGCAACAAAGCAACAAUCUGAAGGCCUCAGCGGUUCAGGUGCAGGAAGGUUUCUUUGUGAAUGAUGACGAGACACCGGCCCAGAUCCUUGACGCCAUUCGGCCAGGGGCCACUGGGCUGCUCUUGGUUGAUGGGGAUCAAGCUGCCGACGCCUUAAACACUCUGCAGGGAGUUCAGUCUGAUGAGCUUGGCAUACUCGUGCUGGGGCACACUUGCCCUGACCCUGCAAGCUGCUCUCGCAGGAUUUCCUUCCCAGCUACAGGCAGAGUUUGCAAAUCACAGCUCCUGCUCGCCGGAUGCCUUCAUAACGUUGGAGGCAAGGCCAUACGCCCCUCCAAGCAAGCUGACAUCACUGUUGCCCUUCCUGACAUACUGUGUUGCACAUUCACUGCUUUCGCAGAUGACUUCCCUGCGGGUCAAUCGGAGCAGAUUGUUCAGGCUCCGGUGAAGCAGCUUUUGUCUGCUUUCCACGAUGUUGAUGCUGCUAAGGCAAUCACAACGCCAUGCGGCCGUCAGUUUCGGUGCAAAGGUAAGAUCGCCGCCCCCACAGCAGCUGAUCAGGUCAGCUUCCAGGCUAGGGUGCCCAAGGGGGACUGCGAUGCUCUUCUGAUUGCCAGUGGGCACAACAGUGUCUACAUUACGCCACGAAAGCUUGAUCACAGUCUGCUCUCUGGUUACUCCAUCAUCUGGAUCGGGAGCCAUCAGCUCGCUUUGAAGCUGCGUUUGGGUUGCUCCGAUGCCGCUGCAGUCUCCACGUGGGCCUCGAAGUUCAGUUGGGAAAUCAAGGAGCCUGCACCAAGCCAGGGCGAAGCUGAGGAUGCAGAUCGCGAGAUACUUGAGCUUGGCCAGGACAUCGUGCUCGCCUCUGAGACAUCAGCGGUGGCCACCGUCCAGCGCAUUGUGGCACACAAGCUUCGGCCAACCGGCCUUACCACUGUCUGGAGUGCACCAGUGGUUUUCGUCGUGUAUGGUUACCCAGCAAACUACCAGGACGCUGGCGGCCGCAACGCUGCCUUGUUUCAGACGGUCCUCCGCAGACUGAUUGACUGCCCUGUCCUGGCACUUGUCGGUGGUGAUUUCAAUACGGAUGUCACGGCUUUACCGGAGUUUGACCUGUUUCGGCAACUGGGGUUUGUUGAGGCCUUCAUUUACUGGCAACAGUGUACUGGCAUACUCUUGCCCCCGACUUGUAAGAAUGCCACUCGGCAUGAUACCUUGCUUGUCCCGGACAUACUGCUGCCAUAUGUCACGACCAUGCGGGUCGCCGCAGACCUUCACUUCUUCGAUUCCCAUGCACCUUUCAUUGCCGAAUUCGGCUUGCCCGUUGCGCCGCGAUGCAAACAGGGCUGGCGCAAACCCAGAACUUGGAUGUCCGUCCUGCCCCCGCAUGUUGAUCUCUCACCACAUUACGCCAGAUACCAAGGUCAGGUCCAGGAGGCCAUCACUGCUUGUCAAACGAGCGAUGACUUAGAUGCGGCUUUCCAAACCUGGGCAGCUGCAACUGAGGCAGCAGUUGACGCGGCGGUGAGGACCGCUCAUGAUAUCGAUCCAGGCAGAGACGGUGAUUAUGCCCCGCCCUGCGAGGCGGCUCAGUUUUGUCAGGAGUGGGCUGCUAUCACACGCGGCCGGGGCUAUGCUCCUAAUUUCGCCACCUGGCUACUGCGGUGCUCCCAUUUUCAGGAGUAUUGGUCUUCACUGCCUCCUCUUGCCUGGAUCAGGGAGGUCCUGCAGUACGUACGGUUUGAUGCUGAUGCACAUGUCCGGGCUGAAGCAGAUCACCGGCGCAAGCUUACCCGCUUCCAGGUCCAUCAGGAUAGCAGCUCCGGCAGCUCCCGCAUUGGGUACCGGUCCUUGCGGCCACAUCCGCGACCGCCUUUCACCUGCAUACCUUAUGAGGAAAACCAGGAGGCCCAACUGGUGCGUUCGGUUUCUGCUGAAGCUGGCCUUUACUCUGUGCCCAUGCCCCGUUUUGUCAAAGUUGGACAGACUGCCCACCUUGGUGAUGUUCCAGUACAAGUGGUUUCCAUCAAAUCGAAUGAGAUUGAUGGAUCCUUGCUGCUGCUUAAGGGCCCGUCGCAAUCACUGCCGUCUGUUGCUCGCUUUGUCCAGCCCAGCAGUGCAGCCACGGCUGCCGAACUCAAUCGAGUCUUCAUUGAGUUUUGGGCACCCAUCUGGUGCCGGGGUAAAGGACCUGCCAGGACUGACCCAGCAUAUUGGGCGACAUUUCUGCAACAACUCCCACCCGCCCCGAGUGCGGCCAGGACUUUGUCUAUCGACAUGCGGGAUCCUGAUGUAUGGGCUCGCCAGGUUAAGCGUCUCAAAAAUGGCCGAGCGACGGGCUACUGUGGCUUCAGCCCCGAGGAGAUCAAAACACUGCCGCCUGCAGCGGUCGGCCACUUGGCGCAAUUGUUUGCCAGAUGUGAGCGCUGUGGAUUUCCCAAACACCUUGCACAGGCCACCGUACAUGUACUGGCCAAAGUCGACGAACCAUUGCACAUAGGCCAAGGGCGACCGAUCACAGUUUAUGCCACAGUCUACCGACUGUGGUCAAGUGUGGCUGCCCGUGCCAUUCUCCAACAGUGGGCAACGUGGAUGCCUGAAUCCGUUCGUGGCUGUCUGCCAGGCAGAGGGGCCCGUGAGGUAUCGCUCGUCAUUCAAGUUAUGCUGGAAUCUGCCCUGCUUACCGGGCAAGCAAUGGGAGGAUUCUCUCUAGACAUUGUCAAAUGCUUCAACCAAAUCCCACGCCAGCCAUUGCGCCAGCUGCUACAGCACUUGCAUGUGCCCUCGGACAUUCUUGAGAUUUGGUUUCAAUUCCUUGAGUGCAAUACUCGUUUUGCGCUGUUCCACGGUGACCUUGGAACCCCAAUCGCCAGCACUACCGGGGUACCGGAGGGAGACCCACUUUCCGUUGUUGGCCAAAUCGCAAUCUGCUGGGCACUCGUGGCACGGCCCCUGGCUAAGGACCUUGGGGUUGCGUUCCGUUUUGAUCGGUGUGGUGGACUAGGCAAGGCUGCUGCCCACAUUGCAGAGGGCCUUCAAAGGUUAAAACGACUGCAGCGACAGCACCGACCACUUCAGAAUGCUGCCCACCUUGUCCAGUCGGGCAUCUGGCCAGCUGCACUGUACGGCCUUGAGGGCCACCACGUUCCGGACAAUAAGCUUGAUCAGUUGCGCACCGGGGCCGCUAGGGGCAUCUGCGGCGACCGUCAUUGCAUGUCGCCACAUCUUGCCCUGGAAUGCCUAACCAGUGCCGUGCUUGAUCCUGCUGUUUACCUGCUUGUCCAGGCCCUGUGUGCCCUGCGCCGACUCUUGAGGGUCCUGCCGGACUAUGGGCAGAAAUGGCUCAACUUGACUUGUGAUACAGCAGUGCACAGCCGCCGCGCGUGUGGCCCAGCCACUUCACUUGCCAAACAGUUGAGGGCCCAGGGAUGGGUUCUGCGGGCCGAUGGGGUCCUCAAGGGAGCAGGGCAUUGGCACCUUUGCCUGUUCCACAGUACGCCAAAGCAGAUUCGCACUGCCUGUCAAGCUGCUUGGAAUGAGACAAUCCAUGAACGAGUUGGCCACCGCAAUGGCCUUCACCAAGCCCGGUGUCCUUGUCCGAAGCUCAUGACCCGUGUGCUUAGAAAAUUUCCUGAAGGUGCUCAGUUGCAUCUUGCUCACAGCGUCGUUGGGGGAUUUCAGUCCCGAGCUGCACGAGCCACAUACGACCCGCUCGUUGAGAAGGCGUGCCCCUACUGCGGUGAAACAGACACCAAGGCGCACCGCUUGUUGCAGUGCCCGGCCACCGCUUCUGUUCGAGAACCAUUUCAGGCUUUGCUUCAAUGGGUUUGUGAGACAUGCCCGCAUUGGCUUCAUGCGCCGUUCCCGACUGCCCAUGACGACGAAGGUUUCCUUAGGUUACUUUGGAGCAGUCGACGAAUGCCGCCGCCGCCUGAUCUUGGUGACAUCCUCGGCGGGCAGCCCUCCCUUGAGCAUGCAUUGUUCACAGAUGGUUCUUGUGUUCAUCCCACGUGCCCUGCGGCACGGCAUGCAGCUUGGAGUGUCAUUCUACACAAUCAGUGCACCAGCGUUCCGGAUCUUCGGCUCAUUGUUGAUGAGCCCGACUUGCUUCGUGCCACUUUCCCUGUCGUAGCACAGGGACUUCUACCAGGGGAGCAAAAUAUCUACAGAGCUGAAGUCGCGGCACUUGUGCAGAUUGUGUGCAUUGCGGCCGCCCACCCGGCGCGCAUAUUUCACGCAUGGACUGACUCCAGUAGUGCAUUAAGUACCCUCCGGGAUUGGUUGCAGUCAUCGCCAGCAGACUUGCCUCAGAUGUCCGCCGCUGCUGAUUUGCUUGCGCAUCUCCCAGGCGGCCGACCGCAGAACCUGUAUCUACACAAGGCUAAGUCUCACCAAAGCCUCUCAGCGGUGCCGCGGGAGGAACUCCUUCAGGUCGUCGGCAACUACGUUGCCGAUGCAGCAGCUAAGGCGGCUGAAAAGGAUGAUCUCCCCGGCUUAAGUGCUCAACUCGAUGCUGUUGCUGCCUGGCGUGACCUGCAGGAGGCCAACUUGUUCACGUACUUCCAGUACCUUUUGGAGGUCACCAAAUUUGUCGGCCAACUCCGCACAGCAGCUUACGACAGUACGGCUGAUAACGGAUACGCUGCUGUUGGUGCCGCAGAACGCCAUCAGCAAUGGUGUGCUCUGGACAACCAGGAUCGACGGUGCAUGCCACCACCGCCGGGACCCGUCGACCUCGCGAAUCGCCUCCAACUACAGACAUCCUGGCCACCUGGGUUUUUACAUUGCCUCCACGAUUGGAGCCAGCAACUGCAGUGGCCUACAGCUGGCCCUGAAAUCCAUGCCAUGGUGCAGUUGGUCUUGCUUGACUGCGGUCUGGUCAUUGACCUAUCCGGCCAAGCUGGAGAGGACUUGUCUGCGAUGCUGAAGGCUUUCCUGACAAAGUCUGAGGAGGAUGUUGCGCGCUUGCUCAUCUCGCUGAGUGAGAGGGUUGGCGGCAAGCCAGAGGACGUGGUACAACCCGAAGUAUUUGUCAAUGGGAUUGCCAGCCUCAUCCGCUCCGGAAAAGGGGUCGGCUUCAGGCUCUCGAAGCUGAACGCUGGAUCGCUCAUGGGUCAAAGCUUGCUGCUCGGUCGAAAGCACGGCGUACGUUUCGAUGCUCGCUUUGUCAACCUUAUGGUGGCCAUGAUUGUGGUCCAGGGCGUGUCGCUUCGGCUCAACGGAGACGGCGACAUCAUGAGCAGGAUGCGGCCGUUCUUGUUCGGCGCUGCGGUCUCUCACCUGACAUCGUGA